GGUUUAUACAAUCCGAAAGGUUAGAGUUAGGUCGUGAUUCUUCACUAUCAGCCAUCUUGCCUCAUUGAUCGUGAGCGGCCUGCGACUGAACACUACUUGUAAAGAAAAUCGUUCACUGGGGUAUAUUAUUAUCAUGCCUCCACGUUCACCUUCCGAAAUCGUCCCGGAUGCUGAACUUCUCACCGAAGAUGAAAUCAGGAAAGAAAAUGUUAAAGCAAUAAUGGAUAUCAUGUUCCCAACUGCGUUGGAUUAUGUAAAAUGGCUGGCGCGUCGUGGAUUGAUCGCAAAUAAACUUUUGUGCAUUCAAUGCAACAUAUACUGCAGUUUUACAAUAUCUAGAGAUAGCCGCGACGGACAUAUUUUCAGAUGUAGACUAUGUUCAAAACGCAAAAGUUUGCGUCAUAAUUCAUUCUUUUCGAAGAGUAAUCUAGAUUUAAAACAAUUGGUUGUUAUUAUGUUAUGUUGGGCAAAUGGCCGCCUACAAAAGGACACAGCAGUGGAAGCACGAACUUCCGGACACACUAUGAUAGACUGGGCUAAUUAUUGUCGUGAAGUAUGUGCUAAAGACCUCAUAAAACAUCCGCCAUUGCUGGGUGGUUAUGAUGAAGAAGCAGAAUCACCACGAAUUGUUGAAAUUGAACUUUCUGAGGAUUUAAUGCGAGGAAAACGUCAACGUGGGAAGAUACGCGACACUAGAUGGGUUUUAGGAGGUGUUGAACGAAAAACUGGCAGAGCUUUCAUUGUAGAAGUUAAAGAAAUGCAUCGAAAGAGUAUUAUUUCAAUAAUUCAAGAAAAUAUUUUACCGGAAACUAUAAUCAUAACAAAUGAUUCAGACGUUUUCAAAGAUCUCGAUAAAGUUUCCAAUGGAAUUUAUCAACAUUAUACUCUGGAUGGACAAGAAUUAGUCGAUGAAACUGACAGUGAUAUACAUUUAAACUCAAUUAGGAGUUUAUGGUUGCGUACACGAGCAAAAAUUCGUGAACAAUGUGGAACUGUCGAAGGAAUGUUUGCUUCUUAUUUAAAUGAAUUUGUAUGGAGAGAACAGCAUAGAAAUGGCGAUUCUGACUUGUUUUCUGAGUUUAUACUUUGUGUUAGACGACAAUAUCCUGUUUAAGUUAUUGGAGCACAAGAAUGAGGAAUUGUUUUGUUAGAUUUUUAUCAGAUUUAUAAUCGAAUAUAAACUUGUUUUGAUUUA